UGCUUGAUAAAAAUUUUUGAAUAUGAGUUUAUGUUAUUGUUAAUGAAUUAAUCACAAAAAAAAAUACUAUGGAAAUUUUCUAAAACUUUUGUUUGAUGUUGAAUAAAAAGUUUAAAAUAAACGCAAGUAUUGUACGACAAAGACCAGAAAAUCACUGAUAUCCUAGUGAAAUAGCAGAGUCAAAAAAGAAGAAAAGAGAAUAAAAUCAGAGGAUUGUGGUUAUUCUCAAGAGGAAACUGGAAAAAAAGAAAAAAUAAGGAAAGAAGUGGAAUCUUCGAUCUUCUGGCUUAUCCGAAAAGUGGAUAAACGUUUCGGAUUUACCACAGCGAAUACGGAUCUUGACUUUAAUACAAUCAACCGAUAAUCAAUUAGGCUUAAUUUUCAAUUAAUCGGUUUAAACUUUACCAGAGAAGAUUGGCUAUUCAUCGUAUCAAUUAACGAACUAGUUAAUUUUAGCUUGCCAACAGCUUUGACUUAUUAACUCCAUUCCUUCGUUCACCGAGCGGAAUAAACAUUAUCCAUGAAAUCGUUACGAGAUCCACCUGUCAUCGAGGGAUGAAAAUCGUACAAAUUAAAAUGAAUCAAGUCUACGAGUCCUUAAGGGUUGGAAUGUGUUUAAGAAGGCGGUUAGUGAUUCUCUGUCUCAUUGGAAUUUUCGCAACUUUCAAUCAAUCCGAAGCCAGUUGGGAAGAAUGGUGGACAUACGAUGGUAUUUCUGGUCCGUCUUUCUGGGGCUUAAUAAAUCCACAAUGGUCCCUAUGCAGUAAAGGAAGACGACAGAGUCCCAUCAACAUUGAGCCAGACAAGUUGCUCUUCGAUCCUCACUUGAGACCAGUUCAGGUGGACAAGCACAAGAUAGCAGGCCAAUUACACAAUACUGGACAAUUCUUGGUCUUCAAAGUUGACAAGGAUUCGAAAACUCGCGUCAACAUAACUGGAGGUCCACUAGCGUAUCACUACCAAUUUGAAGAAAUUUACAUCCAUUACGGAAUGAACAACGAUCAUGGCUCUGAACAUCAUGUCAACAAUUAUGCUUUUCCAGCUGAGAUCCAAGUUUAUGGAUUUAAUGCUGAGCUUUAUCACAACAUGAGCGAAGCACAACAUAAAAGUCAAGGCUUAGUUGCUAUUUCAUUGAUGGUCCAGCUUGGGGACACGCCAAACCCGGAACUCCGGAUAAUAACCAGUGUGUUCAACAGGGUACAAUACCGAUCACAAACAGCCCCAGUUGGUCAUCUGUCCCUUAGUGAACUUUUACCAGAGACUGAUGGAUACAUGACCUACGAGGGAAGUACAACACAUCCAGGUUGUUGGGAAACGACGGUCUGGCUCAUUCUCAACAGACCUAUCUACAUUAGUGCCCAAGAGCUUUACGCCUUGAGAAAACUAAUGCAAGGAACAGCAACUAUACCGAAAGCACCACUUGGAAAUAAUGCAAGACCGAUUCAACUUCUUCACCAUAGAACUAUCAGAACUAAUAUUGAUUUCCGUAAAGCUCCUGAUGCAAAAUGUCCUUCAAUGGCGCCGGAAACUCGAUAUCGAGAUAAAUUUGUUUUUACAGCUAAUACGUGGCAUGAUGGGUCGAUUAAUCGCAAUGCUCUGUAAAUCAAUUAUUUUGAUAAUACAAAUUGAGAUAAUUAUAUCUUUGUAAUGGAAAUGACUAAUUCUAAAAAUACAAAAAGCAAUGUUGCUGAAACAGAAAUGGCUUAGUCGCACAAUAUUACACAAAGUGAUAUACUAGACAAAAGAUUAUAAUACAUUAAAACAUAAAUGAAAUGAAAAUAAUCUUUUAAAUUUAAUUGGCAGAUGAGCUUUAUGUGUUUCAAAGAACUGUACUUUUUUAAAGCUAAAAAAAAUGUAUGGUCGUCACAAUAAUGAACAAUAAUUCCCCAUUGUUGUUGAUAACAUGGUCAAUUAUUUUAUAGUCAAAUGAACAUAAAAUCAGCAUGAGAGUUAUAAGAAUAUAGUUUCAAUAAAUUUAAUUUUCUUGUCUUAAAUCUCUCAAGUACGUAGAAUAUUUA